AUGUGUUUGGACAGGGUGCUGAUUGUGCCGUCUGCUCUCUUUCUCUACAGACCCUCCAGUACAGAUGCAAUCAGGUUCUAUCGGACAUCAGCCGUCUGCAGGCAGGACGUGGUGACCGUCAACACACCAGCAUUUGCUGAAUCUGUCACAGAGGGAGAUGUCAGGUGGGAGAAAGCUGUCGGGGAUGCCGUAUCUGAGGAUGAAGUUGUGUGCGAGAUUGAGACUGACAAGACAUCGGUGCAAGUUCCCGCCCCUACAGCUGGAGUUAUCGAGGCUCUUUUGGUCCCUGAUGGCGGAAAGGUGGAGAGUGGAACUCCACUCUUUGUCCUUAGGAAGUCUGGAGCUGCUCCUAAAAGCAAAGCGGCCGAGGCUGCAGCUCCUCCUCCAUCUGUAGCUCCUCCUACAGCCAGCCCUCAGCCUGCUUCAGCCCCACCUCCUGCUGCUGGUCCAAUACCCACAACUCUCCCACCUGUGCCACCCGUCUCUUCCCAACCACUGGAAACCAAGCCUGUGUCUGCUGUGAAGCCAACAACUGCCGCUCCUGUGUCUGAGGUCGCCCCAGCUGGCAGCGCACGCACAGAACACAGGGUGAAAAUGAACCGCAUGCGGCAGAGAAUCGCUCAGAGGUUGAAGGAAGCUCAGAACACGUGUGCUAUGCUGACCACCUUCAAUGAGGUGGAUAUGAGUAACAUCCAGCAGAUGAGGACGCAGCACAAAGACGCUUUCCUGAAGAAACACACCCUAAAGCUCGGCUUUAUGUCCGCUUUCGUUAAAGCUGCAGCCUUCGCCCUCCAGGACCAGCCGGCUGUCAAUGCUGUUAUUGAUGAUACAACGAAGGAGAUCGUGUACCGAGACUACAUAGACAUCAGUGUGGCUGUAUCUACACCCCGGGGUCUGGUGGUUCCUGUGUUACGCAAUGUGGAGUCUAUGAACUUUGCUGACAUUGAACGGACCAUUGCGGAGCUUGGAGAAAAGGCUCGCAAGAAUGAGUUGGCAAUUGAAGAUAUGGAUGGUGGCACCUUCACGAUCAGUAAUGGAGGGGUUUUCGGGUCCCUGUUUGGCACACCUAUCAUCAAUCCCCCACAGUCAGCCAUCCUGGGAAUGCAUGGCAUAUUUGACCGACCUGUGGCCAUAUCUGGAAAGGUGGAGGUGCGCCCAAUGAUGUAUGUUGCGCUAACUUAUGAUCAUCGAUUAAUAGACGGCAGAGAAGCAGUCCUUUUCCUGCGCAAGAUCAAGUCGGUAGUGGAGGAUCCUCGUGUUCUCCUUCUGGACCUCUGA